AUGGACUCAACCUAUUAUAUACAUGACACGGGCAACGAGCCUCGUCCUGUGGUGCUGCAGACGCUGCAGCAGCAACUAGAGCUGCAGCAACUGCAGCAGCAGCAGCAGCAGCAGCAGCAGCAGCAGAAGCGGCCGUCGGCAGCAGCAGCAGCUCCCUUGCUAGGGCCAUCAGAUGCCCGUGAUUACCUCGUCAGUCCCCCACCACUUUCCUAUGAGCAGCAGCAGCAGCAGCAGCAAGCGCAGCAGCACCAGCAGCAGCACCAGCAGCAGCAGCAGCAUAUAUCAUCAUUCAAUAUAUCCUAUGGAGACAGUAACUACCGUAACAAGACAUUAAAAUUAUCUUUUGAGGCGUCUGCUUCUUCUUUAUUUAGAAAGGAGACACUUAAUAAGUUCGAGGCUAGUGACAUUGUUGCCUAUAAGGAUAGUUUAUACUUUUCAGGGAUAUUUUAUAUUGUAAGGGAAGCCGUAACCCAUAACCCUGAUCAAGAAGAUGCAGAGGCGCCUGAGGAGACAGAGGGGGAGCAGCAGCAUCAGCAGGAGCAGCAGCAGCAGCAGCAGCUGGAGAAGCAGCAGCAAGAGGAGAAGCAACGGCUGCAGCAGCAAGAAAGAAGCAGCACUAAACCCUUUCAUGCUCAUAUAGAGGAAAUAACUGUCCAUGGAGAUUCAUACACCCUACACACUACAUGCAAAACAGGUUGA